UUGAAGAUGGCGGACGCUGAGGGAACCAACUCAGCAACCUGUACUUUUCUUUUUAAGAAAUCAAACAAGAAAUUCUCUGCGCGGAAAAGAAAAGCAAGCGACAGCGACAAAGACAGAAGCAGCGAUGAGGAGAAAAACGCCGUGGUGAAAAGGGAGAAGAGGCCGAGCUCUCACAACCCCAUGAUACAGCGGACCAAGAAGGUGGAAAGAGAAGUGGUUUCCUCCAGUGAAAGUGAUGAAGACGGAAAAGCCAAGAAGAUCACAGUGGCUUAUAAAUCCACUCGCUCAGCGAAACCAGAGGGACCAGACGACAUGGGAGCCACCGCCGUGUACGCGCUGGACACCGAGAGAGAGAAAGACGCUCAGGCUAUCUUUGAACGCAGCCAGAAAAUUCAGGAGGAACUGAAAGGUAAAGAUGACGACAAAAUCUACCGUGGCAUCAAUAACUAUCAAAAAUUCAUUAAGCCGAAGGACACCACCAUGGGUAAUGCGUCAUCUGGCAUGGUCAGGAAAGGACCAAUCAGAGCUCCUGAGCACCUCCGGGCUACGGUGCGGUGGGAUUACCAACCCGACAUAUGCAAAGAUUACAAAGAGACAGGCUUCUGUGGAUUCGGAGACAGCUGCAAGUUCUUGCACGACCGCUCCGAUUACAAACACGGCUGGCAGAUCGAGAGGGAGCUGGAGGAGGGACGAUACGGCGCCAACGACCAAGAAAACUACGAGGUGAGCAGCGAUGAGGAGGAUCUGCCUUUCAAGUGCUUCAUCUGCAGGGAUUCGUUUAAGAACCCGAUUAUAACAAAGUGUCGACAUUAUUUCUGCGAGGCCUGCGCUCUGCAGCACUACCGCAAGUCCAAGCGCUGCUACGUCUGCAACCAACAAACCAACGGCGUCUUCAACCCGGCCAAAGAGCUGAUGGUGAAGAUGCAGAAACAUCAGGCCGCUGCAGACCAGCCACCUUCAGACGAGGAAGACUAACGUUCCUGCCACCUCCGUUCCCUUUAUUCUUCCUCUCUGGACAUUUGCCCAGUUUUGUAAAUUUGUCAAUUUUUUUUUUUUUAAACCCACUUGUUUGUUGAAACAAACCCACUGACCCUGAUGCAUUCCUGUUAGGAGGAUCUGUGCACUUUUGAAAAGAAUUACAUCUGAGAACACGAGCACCAGUUCACCUUAUCGGCUUUAGGAAAUGCGUGAAUCGUUCCCAGCCGGAAAAACUCGCAAACUUUUCCUCCUAAAUGAUUUGAAGGCGUAAUCCGACACUAAAGGUGAUGGUGCUAGUUCUUCAUUUUGGUCACAAAUUUCUAGGACAUACACACAAUGUGCUUUUUAUAGCACAAUACAGUAUAAUCACUGCACUGGAGAUUUUAAUGGAAAAUGUGUAUUUUAAAAAAAAAAAAAAGUACACAUACAGUACCAGUCAAAAGUUAAGAGCAGCCUUUCUCAACUGGGGUGCUGUCAAAAAAUUAUGUAUUCUAACAUUAAAAUAAAUAAAAUGAAUUAAAAUUCCAAAAAAACGAUAGUUACAGUACACUAAUGCAGAUCAUCGCUGCCUCAUGUAUCAUUAAAAUUUGUCUCACGGCCCCCUUUCCCGUGUCACAACGUCACUGCCGGGGUCAGCGUGACUGCGUAUAUUUUAUAUGAGGGUGUUUUGAGAAUUUGCAUACUUCUGAAGGGUACCGUGACUGUAGCCUGGCAAGCCAGACUAAAUGUGAAUAUUUAGUCUGGCCUCGAUCCGUAGACAUUUCCGAAGGGUGUAGGAGGAACAAACCGCUGUCUUUCAAACUGUCUCUGUGCGUAUAGGCCAACGCUCUGACCAAUCAGCGCAGCAGUCACUGUGACGUAGUCAGAGCGACAGAAAGCAGUGGGGGAGACCUUGAAAUAAAUAAUUUUUCAAAAUGCGUAUUAAUUAAUAAACAGGUUCUAGAUAUUAAGACGUUUGGAGUAGGGAUGGCGAAAACUAAUAAAAAUCUUGACCGACCACCGAGCCUCAUUAGCCGGUUAAAGUCGGUUAACCUAUGAGUUUAAAAUUCUAGAAUUGGAAUUAUUACAGGGAUGCAAACGGCACGCCUUUUGGCGGAUGCCGCCCUCUCCACGGCUGAAUCGCGCAGAUCCGACCUUCCUUUCCCAAGGGGGGGGGCGUUGGAGCGUCCGACCACAACUUCAUCAAAGCAAAUUCUGCAUAUAAGCAAAUGCCGCCACAGUCCACGAAACGCAGGAAGUACAAGCACGAGAAGAAAACAGCAAAUCAGAAAGCCGCGCGCCCGCGCAAAAUUUAAUGUGCGCAUUCUGAUCUACUGAUUGCGCAGCUUCCAUGCAAACGCGCGCAGCCCCCCGAUCCACUGCCCUUCUUUCACACCCCCCACGCCUCAUGGACUGCAACAGCACCCGCCUAUUUAGUCAUUUUAAUACAGAAUCCACCUUGAAAUUACAAUCGGACACUCUAACGUGCCCCCCCCCCCCCAAAAAAAACCGGAUCUGCGCGAUUAAAAAAAAAAAAAAGUCGGCAUCUGCGCCUUUAGUUUGUGUGGAGAGAGAUGAUCUGCAAUAACAUGCAUUGUUGGCUACAGACCGAAACACACUUUCAGAAUGCACUGGCCAAGGCAGGACUAAACUCCAUGUGCCUUCUAAUAAUUAAAAAAAAAAAGUAAAUUGUAAGCUAAAAAGCCGGUGUCUACACUUUUCUUUCACCGAGUGGCAGCUGGGCGGGACAUGACUGAAUGGGUGUUUCUGAUUUGUCAGCUGUCCGCUCCAAAAUCGGCAGCUUCAAAACGAUUGAUUUUUUUUUUUUAACCGACAACCAAAAAAAAUUAACCGGUUGCCGUUGAUUCGGUCAACCACCGGUCAAACGGUCAUCAGUUAACAUCCCUAGUUUGGAGAUAAUGACCACAAGUUUGGAGUCUGUACCACAUACACAUUUUUUUCCAAGUGUUUUUCAAGGGUUUGCUUAAACUGUUUUUGAGAGUUUUUAUUUUUAUUUAGUGGUGUUUGGUGAAAUAAUUUCCCUUAAAUUUAAAUAACGGGAAAAUAAACAAUCAAAAAGUAA